AUGUUCGUGUCGCUUUCUGGCCUGUUUAUUCUCAAAUUAGAAAAUGGUAUCAAGAGCGGCGAAACAAAUCCCUCCACUCAUGAUCAUGUAAAAUUUUACGUAACAAACACCUGCCUUGUUCACGGCCAGUCUGGGUCGGCAGCACAUAAUAUUACAUGCUCCGUGCAGCCUUCAGAUGUAUUACCUCAAAUUGUCCCACCGGGAAUGCAAGACUUGAUCUCUAGGGUUCUAGGGAAGGGGAAGAAUAGACUCUUGACAUGCUUCCUUUUGUCGACAAUGUCAAUAAUCGCUUCAGUGCCCAUCAUCUUCAUAUUUAAGCUCUCUACAAUCAGGAAACAAUGUAUCGUUCUAUCGGUUUGCAGUCUUAUCACCUUGAUAUUUCUCAUACUGGCAACGACAAUUAUCUCCCACUGCCUUCACAAGUCUUGA